UUACACCAGCUCCCACUGCGCGUAAAGCUGCGGUCCACCGGGACUUUGUUAUCUUGUGUGUGUCCAGCUGUUCGUCAGCCUUUAUCUCCGGUGUCACUGCCAUGGUCGUGUACGUACACGACUGGAAUUUCAGUACCACUGACAGCUCCCUCUCCAGCUCCAGCAUCAAUACAGACAAAGCGCUUUGGGGCUCCACGGUGCCCCACAGCCCCGGUGGGCUGAGCCGGACCGGCCAUACGGUGGUGGCAGUAUGCCUCGGCUUUAUUUUAGUGGCAGGAAUCCUCAGCAACUUUCUCAUUCUGCUCAUUUUCGCAAAGUUUCGGUCCCUCUGGACGCCCAUCAAUCUCAUCCUGUUGAACAUCAGCCUAAGUGACAUUCUCGUGUGCGUUUUCGGGACACCGUUCAGUUUUGCUGCCAGCUUGCACGGGAGGUGGCUAAUUGGAGAGUACGGCUGUAAGUGGUAUGGAUUUGCCAAUUCCCUCUUUGGGAUUGUGUCCCUUGUGUCCUUGUCUCUUCUAUCGUAUGAGCGCUACACCACCGUUCUCCAUUCCUCUCAGGUUGAUGUCUCAGACUUCAGAAAGGCCUGGCUGUUUGUUGGAGGCUCUUGGUUCUACUCUCUCUUUUGGACAUUGCCUCCCCUCCUCGGUUGGAGCAGCUAUGGACCAGAGGGUCCUGGUACCACUUGCUCCGUCCAGUGGCACCUCCGCUCACCCUCCAGCAUCUUGUAUGUGUUGUGCCUCUUCAUCUUCUGUCUGCUGCUGCCCCUUCUGCUCAUGCUAUAUUCUUAUGGAAGAAUCCUGAUGGCCAUUAGGAGGGUGGGAAAGAUCAAUCUUCUGGCAGCUCAGCGCAGAGAACGCCACAUUUCGCUGAUGGUUUUCUCUAUGGUGUCCUGCUACAUGCUGUGCUGGAUGCCCUAUGGCAUCGUGGCACUGAUGGCCACCUUUGGUGGGUCGGAGCUGGUGACUCCCAUCACUAGUGUGAUUCCUUCCAUCCUGGCCAAGUUCAGCACUGUUGUCAACCCUGUUAUCUAUGUUUUCUUCAACAAACAGUUUUAUAGAUGUGUUUUGGCCUUCAUGAAGUGCAAAGGAGAACCUGAGAUUGUACAAGGAGAAGAGCACCGAACUCCGAAGACACAGUUGUCAGAAUAUUUCCAUGUCCAUAGGAAAGCUUCCCUCAGCUCCCCACAAGUCCAGAUCCCCAGCGGCCCCAGAAACACUGUGCUCUGCAGCCGACAUGUAGUUUAUGUUCACUACACUCCAUAAAAAAGUUGUUGUUUUCAAAUGACUGACUCAGAGUAUUAAAAUACCUUGUUGAUAUUAGAAGUCAGAGGAGAAUGGUCAGACUGCUUUAAGGUGAUAGGAAGGUACCAGUAACCAUCAUUACAACAAAAGAAAGUAGAAGAGCAUCUGUAAAUGCACAGCACAUUGGACCUUACAGCAGAUUGACUUCAGCAGUAGAAGAUCACACAAGGUGCCACUGCUGUCAUCUAAGAAGAGGAAACUAAGGCUACAGAACUGUACAACAGAAGAUUGGAAAAAUCUUGUCAUCUGGUCUGAUGAGUCUCGAUUUCUGCUGCGACAUUCAGUUGACGGAGUCAUAAUUUAGCAAAAACAGCAAACACAUGGAUCAAUCCUGUGCUGGUGAAAUAGUGAUGUGGGAGAUAUUUUCUUGGCAUAAUUCGGGACCCUUACCACCAGCUGAGCAGGCUGCGCCUCAAAUAACUGAAGCACUUCGAUAGUAAAAGGAGGUCUAACCUGGUCCUAGCAGUGUAUAUGAGUGCAUGAGUGAAUGAAUGUCUUUAAAAUUUUACACAAAAUAAAAU